AUCGAACAUGAAUUUGGAAUCAGAGGCUGAUAAGCCAAAAACCAAACGAUUGAAAUCUGAAAACGAUUAUGGAAAGAAAUUAUGUAAGGAAGAAGAUAAUAUGCAAGAAAAUGCAGUUAAAGAUAUUGCUGAUGCAAAAGAAAUUUCUCUUCAAGAACAGGAAGAACAUGCUGAAUUAGUAGAUAAUAAUGAGGCAUCAGCAAUUGUUGAUAGUGACAAGGAGGCAUCAGCGAUUGUUGAUAGCGAUGACGAGUCGUUUACAUUUCCUCCUGACGAGGAUGUCUCAGACAUGCUGGAUGAAGUACAAUAUAGCGGUCGUUUUCCUACUGUUACUGAUCGUUAUUUUACCCCCUAUUACAAAAUGGAUGUACAAUCACUAGGAAAUGAUACAUGUAUAUGGAUUCAUAGCAAUCGUAUUUGUAUGCUGUCCUUGGCACCCAGUCAUGUCAUUUUGCAAGAUAACAAAGUUAUACAAAAAAUCGACUUUAAGGUUAGCGAUAAAUUAGAUAGAUCCUUGAACAAAGUCUCUGGUAAGAGUAAGCAUGGUGCGCAACCAUUGCAGACUAAUUCGAAUAUCUGUACUAUAUUAUGUGUGGAUGGACAAACAUAUGUUAUCAAAUGCUAUAUAGUCGGAAAAUUAGUCGAAGUUAAUGAGGCAUUGUCAGAAAACCCGCAACUUCUCAAGGAACUCCCACAUAAAGGUGGAUACUUGGCUAUAAUAUUACCGAAUAUAAAAUUUUUGGAAGAUUUCAAACAGUCUGUGUCAAUAUUAACUCAUGACAAAUAUAUUGAACAUAUUAAAGAAAAGGAAAGGAAGCAGCAAUAACAUAUGAAAGAAAAUUUUAAUU